UCAGAAACAGUGGUAACAUAAAAUCAAUUAUUAAUUCUAGGUGGGCGUUGUCGAAUGCCGGAAUCUUUGCGAACUUGUCGUAUCGCGAGAUGGACAAUGUUUGUUGGAUCCAUAUGUAAAAUUACAACUUUUGCCAGAACGCGAACAUCGCGUCAAAACUCGCAUCGUUCGCUCAACUACUGCGCCGAAAUACGACGAACAAUUCACAAUGUAUGGUGUAACAAGCGAACAGGUCACAAUGAGCACGUUACACUUCCAGGUGGUCGCAUUUGAUCGAUACAGUCGUGACACUGUCGUUGGAGAAUGCGUCUACAGACUUGCUGAUGCUGAACUCAUGCUUUAUCAAGAAAUGAGGCCGGCAGAAGCCUACUUUUAUUGUAACUUAGGUAAAUUGCUUAUAAAGUUUAGGGAAGUAAUAAGUGAAAAGAGAUAUGCGUGGUAA